GUUGACACGUAUCGGUUAUCGUCAGGAUAGUAAUAGCCAUCCUGUGUCCAAGAUCGUCCCUUAUCUCGAAGAAAACGGGCAGAAAGAAUCGGAAAGAUGAAUAUUAACGAAGAAUUAACGGUUGGUCAAGUUUGGACGUCCGUCAGGAUGGCCAAUGGGGUACACAGGAUCUUCUCUUGAGGCCUAUCACCACGUCGGAGGACUGGAGAGGGUUGACGAUUGUUUUCAGAGCAUCACCUGGUCCAUAGCGAUAAGGACGCUUAAAGUGAUCUUUGUGGACAAAGCGGAUUGUUGUUUCGACUGUUUUCGUGUGACUCGACGUGGACAAGAAAGGUUGAUUUGUGAUCAGUUCUAUCGGUUUUUUUUCUGGAGACUAUUCGAGGAAGUGAAAUUGUGCCGAGUGAAUUCGGGAAGAUACGAGGAACCAUGUUGGAAUUCUACCCUCCGUUACCAGGUACCCUUGGUCGCCAGGGUGAGCCGGGACCACCGACGAUGGCCUCGGCUGCACCACCGAUGCCAUUUCGGCCUGCCAAUGACAAUAACAAUGCAGAGCCGUCGGUUUCGGUAAAGACAGAAUCCGGUCUCCUGGAGACGAUCUGUGCCGGUUGCGGCCGCACCAUAUCCGACAAAUACGUGAUGCAGGUCGCUGGAAGGAACUACCACGAAGAGUGUCUAUCCUGCGCUGCAUGCGCCGCUCCUCUCACACAUUCCUGCUUCAUUCGCGAGUUGAAACUCUACUGCAGGAACGAUUACGAGAGGAUCUUCGGUGUUAAGUGCGCGCGGUGCAUGGAGAAGAUCAGUUGUUCGGAUUUCGUGCUCAGAGCGCCGGGUUUGGUUUUCCAUGUGGAGUGUUUCGCGUGUUGCAUGUGCGGACAACCGUUACCACCUGGUGCACAAUACUUUCUGCGACAGGGACAACCGAUCUGCAGAAGGGACUAUGAAAACGAGUUGUACCUGAACAGUCCUCAAGACGAUGAUUUGUUGGACGAGAACCGACCUAGAGACGGUCGUCGGGGUCCCAAGAGACCCCGGACGAUCCUCACGUCGGCUCAGAGGCGUCAGUUCAAGGCGUCCUUCGAAGUAUCCCCGAAACCCUGUCGAAAGGUACGAGAAGCCCUGGCAAAGGACACGGGUCUCAGUGUUCGCGUGGUGCAAGUUUGGUUCCAAAAUCAACGGGCGAAGAUGAAGAAACUACAGAGGAAAGCGAAGACUGAGCCUGGAUCGGACAAGGAACCGAAGGAAGAACGUCGGACGGAAAGUCCUCACAGUGAUCAUAGUCAUUACUUGAACGCCAUGAACAUGCGCGACGGGGAAUCUUCUAGCUUCCCCUCAGCCACCCAACCGCUCAACCCCAAUAACCCGUACUCGCCCGACGACGCAUAUCCGGGUCAUUCAGGUGAGAGUUUCUGCAGCAGCGAUUUGUCCUUGGACGGUACGGAAGCUGGCUUCGACAUAGGCGAGAACGAGGGUGGAGGUGGUCAAGAGGGUAGCCAUCAGGGUGCCACCCAUACCCAUCACGGUCCUUCCUCCCACGAGGCGCCGUCACUGUCGCAAAGUUUGCACGCGGCGAUUCACAACCCCAUCGACAAACUGUUCAUGAUGCAGAGUAGUUACUUCAGUGGUGACCAUGCGUAAUCCGCGAGAUAUAUCAUUCUCCAUGGUGUUCUCGAUCGGUUCUCCAAAGGAGCUAGCUGACCCAUGACAUCAGUCGUCGCGUGUGAAAUAUAAGGGGAACAUCGUACAGCGUCGUUUUUCCUUUCUUAAUUUAUACUUUUUACAUUUUUUUAUUUCGAUACUUUUGGUCCAUUUCCUUUCCUCGUAUUGGUUAAAGUUUAAUAAUUUUUAUUCGAUUAUUGAUCUUUUUUUUCGUUAAGUUUCUUCGUGAAAAUUGUUUUAUGUUUAUCGAGUUUUGUUGCUUCUUUAUCGUUGACACGUAUUUUUCAUUUUAUUUAAUUUAUUUAAUACUCAGGGUAAAAUGCUGUACGACAGAUUGCCGCUGGUAUCGCAGCAGAUGAUCGUUCUCAGUGCUAAUUAUUUAAUUUAAGAUGGUUUUCGAGGUACCAAGAGAGUGGCGAGGACAAUGAGAUGGUAAACGAGUAAUCGCGUUUCGAUUUAAUAUUAAACGAAUGUAUCCCUCGGUUUUCGCCUAUAAAAAUGCAUAUAUUUAAACGUCGACGUACCUUAUUUCUAUCCCGAGAGAUUGUUGUUAAACAAAACGUGACUCGUCGAUUCCAAAUCCUGGCUAUGAUCAUAGCCAAAGAAUGAUUUACAAGAAUAAUAAGCGAGCUGUUAGGUUCGACGAAGCACUAACUAGGAAUAAUUAGUGAAAAAAUUACAAUACAUUGUAUAAAAAAGAACCGACACCUUAGAAUCAUUGCUUAACACCCUCUUCUUAUCCUUUCUUCCAAUCUAGUAGUAGAUAUAAUUGAAAGUACCAUUUUACAAUAUUUUGUAUAAACAAAGUUGGUAGUUAAUUAUUCGUUUAGGAGCAAUAAUAAAUGUCUGAUUAAUCUUCAUCGAGAAUCGACAAAUUUUUGUAAAGUAGAGGCGAGGAG